CCCUUGGAGCACGCCGCAUGUUUUCGUCUUUUGUUUUGCUUUUGCUUUGCAUUUGAAUUGUUUUAAACUACAUUUAUUUAAAUAAAAAUGAAACGAUUAGCUGCGAAAAAGGACGAGGACAACGCGGAGCCUUUGGCCAAGAAGCAGCUGCAGUCCAAGGCCAAUUCCUUGCUAAAUGCCAAGAAUGUGGACAUCAAAACGCUCAAGGGAUUCGUUCAACUGCUGAAGGACACCCCCGAUAAUGUCCCAGCUGGGGAGGUGAUGAAUACCCUAGAGGUGAUAUUCAAGAACCUGCUUAAACGAAUGACCACCGAAAGCAACGAAAAACAGACCCAGAAAAUCCAGGAAUUAUACGAGGAAACUUGGUUGCUCCUAUUGGAGAAUCUUUUGGUGGAUUCAGAGAGUUCCACGGCUCUAAAAGUGUGCAUGCAACUGAUCAAAGUGGAGGCCAAACAUCCCAUAGCACCCAAAACGGGCUGGCCCACCCACAGAGUCCGUGAUAUUCUAGCAACCCUCUUGAACUCCGAGGAAACACCCACAAACGCGCUGACCAACUAUGGGAAAUACUGCAAAAAUCUUGAUGUACUGGAGAUUACUCUCAAUACACUACAAAACCUAGUGCCCAAGGAGGACUUCAAGGACAUCCCCACCAAAGCCAUGAACUUCCUGUCCAUUGUCAACCUCCUAGAUUUUGGAAAAUCAGUUUUAAACACGGCCGAUUACCACGUGGAAAGUGCGAAAAAUCAACAGUUUAGCUAUGAGCAAAAUCAGAAGAGAUUGAACGUUCUCUGGCUGGCCAUAAUGGCCAAGAGCAGCGCAGUGGACGAGAAGCUGCACCGGCAAAUUCUGGUGGUUCUGCUUGAACGCGUGAUUAACCACUUGAAAGAUCCCAUCCAGCUGACCGACUUCCUCAUGGACUCACUGCACCAGUUUGAUGGCCCCAUUGCCUUGCUGGCCCUCCAGGGCCUCUUCACGCUGAUGCAAAAGCAGAACAUCACCUAUCCGGAUGUGUACGAGAAGCUGUACAACAUGUUCUAUCCCCGGAUGUUUUUCAACAAGUACAAGGCCCGUCUGUUUUACCUGGCCGACAUCUUCCUAACAUCCACCCACUUGCCAGAGAAUCUGGUGGCGGCCUUUGUUAAGCGUCUCGCCCGUUUGGCCCUCCAAUCUCCCACCGAAGAUGCUGUGAUCAUGAUCCGAUUCGUUUGCAAUCUUCUAUUGAGGCACACGGGCCUGCAGAAAUUGAUACGCGCCAGUCAUGCGUCCGAUGAGCUCAGCGAUCCCUACAACCAAACGGAAUCGGAUCCCGUCAAAUCGCAGGCCAUCAAUAGUUCGCUGUGGGAGAUUACACUGCUGCAGAAACACGUUGUUCCCGAGGUGGCCAAUGCUGCCCGGUUCAUCAACUCCUCGCUGCCCAUCAUGGAAUUUGAUUUGGCACCGCUUUUGGACAGGAAGGAGUGCAAUAUUUUCGACGACGAGCUGCAGUCGAAGGCCAAGCAGUUUGCCAUGAACUACGAGCGACCCGCAAAUUUGGCCCUGCCCAAAAACGGCUACGUGACCAAGUACUGGGACCUUAUCUAGAUUAGUGUUAUUGUGCUAAGUUUAAGCAGGAUUAAAGUGCUGCCUGUGGGGCUGCUGAUGGGCCAACUCGGCCUGAAACCAA